CUCGGGACGCCGCCACAGCACCACCACCAGCACAACAUGUGGCUGCUGCAGCUCUUCUCCCUACUGAUCUUAUGGACGGCGCUGUCCGUGGCGCUGGGUCUGGAGAUUCGUGGCGAGAUCAUCCGGGGCGUUCCGUGCAUCAAGCGCUUCCACCAGCUCUUCUGUCCCACAGCCGGCAACAGCUACCCCAUAGAUCGCAUCGAGAAGUUCAUCGACGACAACAAGGCGCUGAUGCGGCGGAUGUACGGCGAGUUCCAGAUGACUACGGAAUAUGGCCCGCCAUACGAACAGCAGCAGCAACAACAACCAGGACGGAAGGGGCGGCGCAGCUUGAAGCGUGAGGCGGGUGCAGGGGCGGGGGCGGCGGGGGGCGGCACGCAGAGCGGCCAGCCCAGGCACACGCCCCCCGGUGUACCGGACCUGCACGCCGCCCCCGGACCAGACCCCACCGCCCCUGAGAACUCGGGUUCCGAGUCCUACUUCGCCAAGCUGCGCCAGUCCAGGCAGUCCUUCCGCGGCAACAACAACCAGUCCGAGACCGGCAGGGUUGAUGCUUGUGAGUCUAAGGUUGAAAUCGUCACACCAUACUGGGCAUCAAACAGCGCUGGCAAAGUUCGAGCCAUAGUCAACACACAACAUUUUGAACAGGCCAUUCAUCAGGAAGUAUGCUCGAAAACACAGACAAAGAGGUGCUCUGGAGACUGUGGAUGUGAACAGAAGUAUAAAUGGCACAGGUUACUUGCAUAUGAUCCAGAUAAUGACUGCAAAGGAAUAUUUAUGGAUUGGUUUCUCUUCCCUUCCUGCUGUGUUUGUCGCUGCAAUCCCCUGUUUGAUAAAAAGUGAUACUACGAGGCUGCUGCAAAUAUGUUCUUGACCACAUUGCAAGAAGAAACUGAAUACAAUGAUCUUGCAUGCAGAUCUCUAAAUCUUGGAGCUUGGAUAACUGUUGCAAGGAACAUACAUUGUAAUGCAGUACUAGCAACAAUUUUUUGACCAUCUUUGUGUCUAUGCCUGUGUGUGUGCAUGUGUGUUUGUGUGUAUGUCCGUCCUGAAAGUCUGUGCCAAACUUAGUCAAGAAUUAUACCUGAAUGGUGACUUUAAGAACUGUCUGUAAGUGUAAAUGUAAAUUAUGUUAACAAGUGUUAGAUGGCAGAUACUGCAGUGGUAAGUGCCACAACAUCCUUCUGCUGAUGACAAUCACUAUUGUUUACACGUAAGGUAGGGAAUUGUGAAUGCCAUGUCGAGACUUCUUUCUGUGAAGGAGGCAUUAAAAGUUAUCUAUCAACAUUUGGUCAUAUUUGUUUCUCAGAGUUACUACAUCAUCUUCACAUGUCUCUGCAGGAAUUAUAUUAAUAUGCAGAGCAACUGUGACCAUUACUAUGGAGUCUUAUUUUCCCUUAAGUAAAUGCUCCAGUAAUUGUAGAUGAAUAUUUAAACAUAUCAAUCAUUGGAUAACUGAUAUAUUAUAUAACAAUGUGAAGAGUCUUUCAACUACAUCAUAAUAUUCCGCUGAACACAAAAUUUUGUGUCUGUAAUCAAAUCAUGAAUCAACAUAUUCCAAGAAUUGAAUAUAUAUUCUGCCUAAAGUAAGUUUCUGUUAUUUGGAUGAUAUACUGUGUAUAGCUUAAUAAUUUUUUAGCGACGUACUCUGAAGAAGUGCAGGUAGUUUGAAAAAGCACAGAAUUGGUAACAUUUGUAGCUACCACUUUAUGCCUCAGAAGCUGUACCUCAGUACCAGAAAAGUUACCAGGCGAUUUACUAGUGAAAUAUAUUAUCUUGAAGUGGGACUCAUCCUUUCUACUAUGAUCACUGUACUAAUUGCAUAUCCCACUAUCAUCAAAAUGCCAUCUUCCUUGCAGCUGCAGUAACAAUGAAACUUUCUCUGUGAGAUAUUUAAACAUACUGUCAUACAAGAUCUGACACAUUUAGCAAUAUUAAGAACUGACAUCUCUUGUUUUCAUCAGUUAUCUUUUGUAAUAGGAACAGAAAUUUAAUUACACUGUGUUUACCAGUGUGCAGCUGCAAUGUCAAACAUAUGCACAUGUUUUACAUUAUCCCACCCGUAGCAUAGUCUUACUUAAGAUAUUUUAGUCUGAAGAUGUGUCAUUUAGCCAUAUACUGUACUUAAGUUAUUUUAGUUUGUUAAAUAUUGUUAAAACUUUAAUUGUUUCAUUGUGUGGCAUGUGUUAUGUGUCUAGCUUUAGGAGAAUUUGCUUAAAAUUGGCUUUUCAUGGAUACCAUUAUGUUGUAAGCCUUCCAAACAUGAGAGCUCUUUGUAAGAAAAUUUUCCUAUGCCUAAAAGUUCGACAGAAUGUGAGCCAAAGUUUUCCAGUGUGUCAGUGAUUAUAUGGAGUUAGAUCUCUGUAACAUAACAAAGAAAUAUUUUAGUAACCAAUAUUAAUGUUGUACAUUGUAGAAUACCAUUUUAUUUGCUUGUUUAUUUUUAUAAUUCCAACCAAAAACAAAUAUAAAUUGAAUGUAAAUGUUCACAGUCCUAUGUUAGUUUAAUAUCAUUUAUUGUUUUAAAUUAAACUUUAUUUAC